AUGACUCCCUCAGAAGCACCCGAGGAAGCCACGGCCCUGUCCGAAAGCACAUACGAAUUCAUCAAUACGGAUGACGAGAGCCAGGAUGGUCGUGGCACCGAGGCCGAGUCUCUGAGCUCUUUCGACUACGCCCGGCCCGAUGAUGUUCAUAGCCUCGCUGGCACUGAGCAAACAGAAGACAUGGCAAACCAUUCCGAUACGGAUUCGCAGGACUCAGAGGAUGCUGCGCAGGACAGGUCUCGAGCGUCGUCUAUUCAAUACGCAGAGCAGAGCCUCCUCAACCCAUCUUCCCGCGUCGCCACACCGCCCUUGGGAGUCGACAGCUCUAUGGAUAUCAGCCAGCAUACCCCACUGGUCCAGUCCAUCGAAUUUGACGAGACGCAAGACCCAGUCUACUUCAAGCAGGUGUCAGUCAAACAUACCAUUCACAGCUUUACCGAGGAGCAGUCAAACUCCAUCGCCAAGACUCUCAACUUCACAGACCAGAAUAAGCGUCUCAUUGCAGCAGUUCGUCAGACCAUGGCGUCACACUGUCUGGCGACGAAGGAACCUCUCCGAAUCAUGUACACGGGCAGCCAUGCAGCCAGACAUGAUAUCAUAUACAAGAUUUCCUCGGCUUUCACGGCGUCGGCGUCGGCGGAUGGGUGCGGCAUCAGUGAAGAUGCUGUUAUCUACAACGUCGUGCCUAUUUCAUCUCUUGGCUCUCCCAAGGUCCCCGAAGUCGAGUUGAUGAAGACUUCCCAAUACCAAAUCAAGGUCGAAAACUGCACGGCUGCGAAGGAGGUUGUCUACCAAGGUGAACGCUUCCUGGGCGAGACGGUAUAUCACAUCACCUUGGACGGCGAUCGGACUUUCCAGUCCGCUUUUGCUCCCAGCGGUUCUAUCAUCGAGCCCUCCUGGACAUUGCCCCAUGUCGCCAUCUUCUACGUCACAGAGAAUGACGAUAACGCUGCCCAGGAAACGCGCAGUGCUGCUUGGCACUUCAUGCAGCGACAUGCUGUGCCUUGCAUCUUUAUCUCCAACAACGAAGUCUUCCACCAACCUACUGCAAUGUGGGAUGAUGUGAUCAACCAGCAUGCCAUCCACAUCUGUGUGGAGUCGUCUGAUCGGGCCACGCCUUCUAUUAGGUUCCCAAUCGACCUGACCUCAUUCCUCAAUAUCGAUGCGCGCCAGAUGAACCGUAACUUGGCGUACCUCACUGGCUUAUAUGAUCAUGCGGAUGGGAAGAAGAGCAAGUGCGGCUCUACUCGCAUGAGCAAGACUUUGCGUCAUGCCUGGCAUCGCACUGUCGAAGCCAUCGAAGAUAUCGACCUGUGGGUCAUGGGCCAAACCGCAUUUCUCAUGUUGAGCGUCAUCGCCACUGCACUGCUUUCCAACUACUUCUUAGCAGGAGGUUCAAACACACCAGCACUUUCCACAGUCUCUUCUACCACAGCCAGUUCACUGUCACCCUUGACCUCGACAAUUCUGUCGACUUCGACUUCGACAAUCAAACUAUCAGCCACAACGAUCCGGGUGGCACAAAAGGCGUCGGCGACUAGCAACACGGCCGUUGCACCGUUCGCAGAGCUUGCCGACUUCAUUGCAGAUAAAUUUCCCGACAAAACCUACGUCUGCGCGGCGGAGAAGGUCAGCCGCAACGAGAUUCUGAUCAAGAUUCCCUCCGGCACGAAAACCUCGUGGCUUGCCAAGGAUUCGAUCACCAUUGAUGUCCUCAAGGGCGAGAGGCCGAUUAAGACUAGAUUCUCUUCGACUGACGAGGGAAUCUUGAUUGAGAUUCCAAAGUCAGAAGCCCAUGGUAUUCUCACCAUUGCCGUCAACACGACCCGGAAGCCCAAGGUCAACGAGACCUUUGAGGUCGAUUUUGGAAAGACCAUCCUCGAGCGUUAUCUUGGAUAUGGCAAGGCUGUUGCUUCCCAUGUCCUUGAUACAGCAAACAGUGUCGCACAUCAGGCAGAGGAACGAGCCUUCAAUCUCUCAAGCUUCAACUUCUUGAGCUUGGACUCCGUCGUAGCGGACGCCAGAGGAUUGUCUACCCGCAUCACCGCGAAGGCUGCGAACACUGCGAAUGCCCUCGUCAAGGGAUCUACAGAACUCUCUGAGAACAUCCAAAGCUUGACAACGUCGCAUCGGUUGCAAGAGUUCAAGGACCGAGCGAACAUUGUCUUCACGAAGGCACAACUUCAAUCUCGCCUACUAGCGUUGAAGGUCCUGCAAAAGACGGAAGAACACAAGAUCUACCUGGACAAGGCCAAGAAGCACAUGGAACAGCUGAGGUCAACGGCGUCCGAGUUUACCAAGCAACGCCUGGACAAGGAGAAGAAGGAGAUGCGUGCUCGUCGGAAGAGAGAGCGCCUAGCGGCUAGAUGCCAAACGGGCACCGGCUUUUCUAGAUGGACGCAGCAGUGCAGACAGCAAGGUUGA